AUGGGAAGCAGCAAUAGAAGCGCAGAACAAAAAAGGCAAAUGGCAGAACUGAGCAAAACCCUUAAAGAAGGUGAGAGGAUUGUGGAACCUACACGUAGACCAGAUGGCACUCUCCGGAAACCCAUCCGGAUUCGAGCUGGCUACGUCCCACAAGAUGAAGUUGUCAAGUAUCAGUCCAAAGGUUCUCUGAUGAAGAAGGAGAUGGCCUCACUAGGACCUCCAGGUUAUGACCCUGAUCCAACUCCUAAAUCAAAGACUAAAGCUGCUAAGAGGAACGAACGUAAGAAAGAGAAGAGAUUACAGGCUGCUGCAGAAAAAUGUAACAGCUCUGAGGAUGGCUCAGCUACUAAUGUAGACAAGGAAGAUACUGCUUCCAUUGUGACUCCAUGCAAUGGGUCCCAAUCUGUGAAUGUAUUGGUUUCUGGUUUGGAGGCUUUGGAUGUUUCAAAUAAUGGUGUACCGCCUCGUACUUCGGGCCUUGGAGAAGCACCCAUUCCGGUUACUGCAGGAGAAGACACUGAGAAAAGAAUACGUGCACUUAAGAAGAAAAUCCGACUCACGGAAGCUCAACAGCAGAAGACUGCUCCCAAAGACGUAAACCCUGAGCAAUUGGAGAAGUUCUCCAAGUUGGAGGAAUGGAGACAAGAACUCAAGGCUUUGGAGGAUAAAAAGGCUUAG